AUUUUUCAGUCAUUUCUUCUUUCCUUAGCAAUCACGAACUCUUACAACAAAAAUCAUCGGAAGCAACUAUUAUAAUUCCUCGAUUCGAGUCCACUCACCCGCCCAAUUCAGUUUCUGUCUAUUAGGGUUAGGUUUCACUACCAUUUGAUCUCAAAAACAGGUAGAGUUGUAUUCUGUUUCAAUGGUGCAGUUGAUGAAAAACGGCAACCCGGAUUCGCAGAACGAGAAGACGCCGAUGGUGAAGACGGAAAUGGAGGAUCCUUUAGAAGAAGAGCACGGACCACUCUCCAAGCGCCACAAACAGCAGAGUCUGGGGAUGGGAGGUUUUCCAGAGUCAGUUUCACAAUAUAAUCUACUUGACGAGCCAAGUCCAUUGGGUUUGCAACUGAGAAAAAGCCCAUCACUUUUGGAGUUAAUCCAAGCAAAGCUGUCUCAAGCAAGAGCAUCCAAAGUUGGAAGUCAUAACCAUGGUAAAAAAGAACAGAGAGGGGGUACUUCUGGCAUUACUGAUAAGCUGAAGGCCUCCAACUUUCCUGCACUGAUUCUUAGAAUUGGGACUUGGGAGUACAAAUCAAGAUAUGAAGGGGACUUGGUCGCAAAAUGUUACUUUGCGAAGCAUAAGCUGGUGUGGGAAGUUCUUGAUGGGGGACUGAAGAAUAAGAUUGAAAUUCAAUGGUCUGAUAUAAUGGCUCUCAAGGCAAAUUAUCCUGAUGAUGGUCCUGGUACUCUAGAUGUUGUGUUGGUCAGGCAACCUCUUUUCUUCGGAGAGACUAAUCCGCAACCUAGAAAGCACACUCUUUGGCAGGCGACAAUGGAUUUUACUGGUGGACAGGCUAGCAUACACAGGCGACAUUAUCUGGAGAGCCCACAAGGCUUGCUAGGAAAGCAUUUCGAAAAACUUAUUCAAUGUGAUCCCCGUCUCAACUUUCUCAGUCAACAAGGAGAGAUAACAUUGGACUCUCCAUAUUUUGAGCCCAGAAUUUCUGUUUUUGAUGAUCCAAAUGAGAGCAACAGUGGGUUUGAUAUGAAUAGUGGGGAGAGUUCUUCCUUUUCAAACUUACGGGAACCAGCUUCGCCCUCUGGAGCUCAAUCAUAUUCUUCAAAAUAUGAAGUCGAUGCUUUUGGUAGACAUUCAGAAUCCUACCCUCGCAAAACACCAUCACCAAGCUCAGCUAGGGAAAUACUGACCAUUGAAGAUAUCAAAACUGGCGGGAUGGAGCAACUAAAGGUGCUUAGCAACUGGGAUCAAAUCAGGGCACCCGGUCUCCACUCAUCUAUGUCUAUGAGUGAUAUGGUGAGCUAUCUUGAGCAUCGGAUAUCUGAGCAGAAUUCCACUAACCAUCUAUCUCUCUCGAGCGAGGAAUGGCAAAGCCUUCAAAUUCUGGACGAUAUUAAACAGUGCUUGUUCAGCGACAUCCAACACAUGGCCGACUCAGACGAGAAGUCUCUCAGGUCAAGGGUCAAUUCUCUUUGCUGCCUUCUGCAGAAAGAUGAUGCUACAGUGGGUCCAAACUUGCAAAUUAAAAGUGAAAACUGUCCUGACGUAGCUUUGCCAGAAAAGAGAUCAGAUGACAACAGUAGUGCAUCGACUACAGAUAACGAGCCUAUCUCCAUGGAUGAGUCCGAUGAUACAUAUGGUUACGAGCAGCCAGCAUCAAUGACCAGGGAGGAGUCAGUUGGAGAAUUGCUGCUUAAUCUCCCUAGGAUAGCGUCUUUGCCUCAGUUCAUCUUCAACAUUCCGGAAGAUAAGAACCAAUCCAGGUAGGGUCUUUCAGGUUAUGAAAAAGCAGAGGUAGAGGUGUGAAGCUACAUCGUCCCAAUAACUUUUGUGUAUAUGCAUUCCCAGAAAAAAGGUUUCUUUAGUAUGGGGAUUUGGAAUGCUUAGAAUCCGUUUUAAUGUAGUACCAUGUGACCACCAUCGUGUACAAGAAUGUAGUGUUGUUAUGCAGGUAUAUGUAAUAAUAUUUUGUGGUGGUUUGAAGUUACUCUGUUGGUUGCAUUUUUUAACAAAUUUCACCUGGCUUUAUGGCCCAAAAGUUGAAAACA